ACGGGUUCCAUUGCACUUUGCAUGUACGUUUGACAGGGGUCAUUUUGAGAUUGUCGAGUUGCUCCUUGAGAAGGGUGCUGACAUUAAUGCAAAAAAUCAAUAUGGAUUGAGUCCAUUGUACAUGGCAUGUGAUGCAGGUCACUUAGAGAUAGUCAAGUUACUACUCGAGAAUGGUGCUGACAUUGAUGCCACGAAUCAAUAUGGAAAUACACCAUUGUACCCGGCAUGCGAUAAUGGUCAGUUGGAGAUAGUCAAGUCGCUACUCGAGAAGGGUGCUGACAUUCAUGCCAAGAAUCAAUUUGGAGGCACACCGUUGAACUUUGCAUGCGAUGGAGGUCAUUUAAAGAUAGCUAGGUUGCUACUUGAGAAGGGUGCGGACAUUCAUGCCAAAGACAGUGAUGGACGGGUUCCAUUGCACUUUGCAUGUACGUUUGACAGGGGUCAUUUUAAGAUAGUCAAGUUGCUACUUGAGAAGGGUGCUGACAUUAAUGCAAAAAAUCAAUAUGGAUGGAAUCCAUUGAACUUUGCAUGCGAUGCAGGUCAUUUAGAGAUAGGCAAGUUACUACUUGAGAAUGGUGCUGACAUUGUUGCCAAGAAUCGAUAUGGAAAUACACCAUUGUACACAGCAUGCGAUGCAGGUCAUUUGGAGAUAGUCAAAUCGCUACUCAAGAAGGGUGCUGACAUUCAUGCCAAGAAUCAAUUUGGAGGCACACCGUUGAACUUUGCAUGCACUGAAGGUCAUUUAGAGAUAGCUAGGUUGCUACUUGAGAAGGGUGCUAACAUUCAAGUCAAGUAUCAAUUUGUUGAACCAUUGAAAUUUGCAUGCAAUAAAGGUCAUUUAGAGAUAGCUCGGUUGCUACUCGAGACAGGUGCUGACAUUAAUGCAUCAGACAAUGAAGGAAACACACAAUUGCAUGUUUCAUGCAACAAGGGCCAUUUAGAGAUAGUCAAGCUGCUACUCGAGAAUGGUGCUGACAUUGGCGACAAAGGCAACAAGGGACGCACUGCAUUGCAAAAGGCAUGCGAUGCAGGUCAUUUAGAGGUAGUCCAGUUGCUACUCGAGAAGGGUGCUGAGAUUAAUGCCAAGGAUCAAAUUGGAGACACACCAUUACAUCAAGCAAUCUACGAGGGCCAUUUAGAGGUAGCCAAGUUGCUACUCAAGAAGGGUGCUAACAUUGAUGCCAAGAACAAAAGGGGAAGCACACCAUUGCACCAUGCAUGCGAAAAUGGUCAUUCAGAGGUAGUCAAUUUGCUACUCAAGAAGGGUGCCGACAUUUCUGCCACAGACAACAUUGGAAAUACAUCCUUACACAAGCCACAAAAGUGUCUUCAAUGGAAAGUAUUCAAGUUGUUACUCAAUAAGGGUGCUAAUGUGAAUGCCACAGACGCUGAAGGAAAGACAUCUUUGCAUAUGGCAUGCAGUGAGGGUCAAUUAGCAUAA